AUGGAAUGGGCGGCGAGGAGAGAUCACCUGGGUGGAGUUCCCCGGAAGGUAAUUUUCGCGGCAGUCGGAGCAUUUGCAAAAUCGGUGGCCAAUCUGCUCAACACCACCACCGUCUACAACGCCGAAACCCUCCUCCACCUCGUCCGCCACCGCCCGCCCGCCGUCCCUCUUAUCACCGUCAGCAAUCACAUGUCCACUUUGGAUGACCCAUUGAUGUGGGGAUUCAAGGGUUUCCCCAUAGCUGAUGCAGAUUUAGGAAGAUGGGUACUUGCUGCCGAAGAUAUAUGCUUCAAAAAUCCUUUGUACUCCUAUUGUUUUCGGCUUGGGAAAUGUAUUCCAAUAACGAGAGGUGCUGGAAUCUAUCAGGCGCAUAUGGAUGAGGCUCUUGAGCGCUUGGCUGAUGGAGCUUGGUUGCAUACCUUUCCAGAAGGGAAAGUCUGCCAAGAAGAUGGGCCUAUACGACGUUUGAAAUGGGGAACUGCCAGCCUUAUUGCACGUGCCCCUAUAACUCCGAUUGUUUUGCCGAUUGUUCAUCACGGUUUUGAAAAGGUACUCUCAUCAUAA